CAGACAAUAUAAAAACGCAGCUGCGCACUUUCGGGGUUUAGUCAAGGCUUAGAGUUUUUGCAGGGAGCUAUUAGCCUAGUGAGCACUUAAACAGUGGUGUUAAGACUUGUUUUGUGGGAGUGUGUGUUGAAGCAUGCCGUUUCUGGGACAGGACUGGCGCUCUCCUGGACAGAGCUGGGUUAAAACUGAGGAUGGCUGGAAAAGAACGACGAAGGACGAGAACGAGGAGAAUAACAACGUUUCCAAGAGCCAUGAACACAGUCAGGAGGACUAUAACAAAGAAAAUUUGCUCCUCUCUAUUAACUAUGAUGUGGCUUCCAAGAAGCGAAAGAAGGACUUGUUGAACAACAACAGUAAGGUUCCCUAUUUCCACAAAGACAAGUGGAUCUAUGUGCACAAAGGAAGCACUAAAGAGCGUCAUGGAUACUGCACAUUGGGAGAAGCUUUUAAUCGCCUGGACUUCUGCAGUGCCAUCAAAGACACCAGACGAUUUAAUUACGUUGUCAGGCUGCUCGAGCUGAUUGCCAAGUCGCAGCUCCCAUCUCUGAGUGGAGUGGCGCAGAAGAACUACAUGAACAUUCUGGAAAGAGUGGUGCAGAAAGUUCUGAAAGAUCAACAGAAUGUGAGGCCCAUCAAAGAGCUGCUGCAGACGCUGUACGUCUCACUGUGCACUCUGGUGCAGGACAUGGGCAAGUCCGUGUUGGUGGGAAACAUUAAUAUCUGGGUGCACCGCAUGGAAAACAUCCUGCAGUGGCAGCAGCAGCUGGACAACAUUCAGAUUAAUAGGCCCACAAACACUGGGAUGACUCUCCUGGACUUGCCUGCCAGUCUCCAGCUGAACAUCAUGCACCGGCUCUCGGAUGGGCGGGACCUGGUCAGUCUGGGUCAGGUGUGUCCUGAUCUCGGCGUCCUGACUGAGGACCGGCUGUUGUGGAAAAACCUCUGCCAGUACCACUUCACAGACCGACAGAUUCGCAAGCGACUCAUUGUAUCAGAUAAGGGACAACUUGAAUGGAAAAAGAUGUACUUCAAGCUGUGCCGGUGUUACCCUCAUAAAGAGCAGUACAGCGACACCCUGCAGUUUUGCACACAUUGCCACAUCCUGUUCUGGAAGGAUACAAACCAUCCAUGCACAGCCAACAAUCCGGAGAGCUGCAGCAUUUCCGUUUCUCCACAAGGUUUCAUUAACCUCUUUAAGUUCUAAAAGGACUUUUCUUAUUCUUCACGGUUUGUACAUAUUGUAUAUAAAGUGAAACGAUUUGUAGAUGUAUGAACAGAGCAAGUCGGCGUGAGGAAUUUUGAUGAAUUUAAGAGUUAAUUUGUGAUUUGUGAAGGUAAAAUAUCAGUAUGUAAAUGAGCUCCAUGUACAGGAAAUGGGUAUUUAUGUAUUUUGUUAGGUGCGAAUGUUUCUUCCAAAAAGAAGAUAAAUAUACUUUGCUUGAUGCAAGUGGAUUUGCAUUACAGUUUGCCCUCAUGCUGCAAUAAUUCUUUAAAUAAUUGUUUUUUUUUUUUUAUAUAUGUUGCAGUGUAUAUACUUUUUGUUGGACUUUAUAUUUGCAUUUCCAAAAGAAGGUGACGGCAAUGGCAUGUUGUUCAUUAGUGUGCAAUACUUUUCUAUGGAACUUUUUUCCACUUUUAUACCGUACGUUUCAUUGUGUUUGUUUAAACAUAUUUGUCGCCGCAAAUGCAAAAACACUCGACUAUAGUCGACACUAAAGUAACUUCUGUUACAACACUAAAGUGUGGUGUAAUUUACUGUUUUAUUAUUCACUGAUCUUUCACAAAUACAGAUGUUGUAAAUGCACAUAGCAAUGUUUUUGUUAAUGAACAUGUUCACAUGUUGCAUACCACUGAGCUAUGCAUUAAUAUCUGUAGCAUCCUUUUUUUUUUUUUUUUCCCUCAAAUCCUAAAUGUUUACUACAGUACCACAUGCAUGGUAUGAAUUUGAUACCAAAGAUCUGCUUAUUUAUUUCAUUUUGUGGCACACUGUUAUUCUGACCAGAAAAAUCUUUUCUUUAUUUUUUUCUAUGCACCAUCCCACUUGUGUUUAGUUAUGCAACUAGUUCUUCACGAGUAAGCCAAAAUACACUUUGGUCCUGAUGGUUGAAAAUAAACCAUGGUCUGCUA